GGCUAUAUUAUUGCGCAUCGCGCUCGUUUCAUUCAGUUGCAAUGUGUAAUUUGUUGUGUUACCGUUAUUCGCGUCAAAGUAAUACGAGAAAGAGUACAAAUAUUUUUUUUUCGUAACCGAUUUUAUUGCUAAUAGCAUGCACAGUACAAUGAAUUUAUCCUUUGCUGGGUGCGGAUUUUUGGGGUUGUAUCACGUGGGUGUUGCGGUUUGUUUCCGGACUCAUGCACCACAUUUGUCAAUCCACAAAAUAGCAGGUGCUUCAUGCGGAGCUAUUGCAGCUUGCGGCCUGCUCUGCGGAUUACCUUUGGGGGGAAUAACAAGUCACAUAUUAAGGGUUGCACAAGAAGCCAGGAAGGGUUCGUUGGGACCCUUUCAUCCCACAUUUAACAUCCAGCGUAUUUUACACGAGGGACUAGACAAGCACCUCCCCGAAGAUGCCCACCUUAGAGUUAAUGGAAAAUUGCACAUUUCACUUACUAGAGUAUAUGACGGAAAAAACGUACUAGUGUCCCAGUUCGAUAGCAAAGAAGAACUUAUACAAGCUAUAUUAGCAUCAGCAUUUAUUCCCUUCUUUUCCGGACUGAUUCCCCCCAAAUUCAAAGGUGUCCGCUAUAUGGAUGGCGGCUGUAGCGAUAAUUUACCUACAUUAGACGAAAAUACAAUUACAGUCAGUCCAUUUUGCGGUGAAAGCGAUAUUUGUCCUAGAGAUGACAGUUCACAACUAUUCCACAUUAACUUUUCGAAUACAAGCAUAGAACUAUCACGACAUAACAUAUACAGGAUGAUAAGGAUAUUAUUUCCUCCCAGUUUAGAAGUGUUGUCGAACAUGUGCAAACAAGGAUUCGACGAUGCUCUCCGAUUCUUACAUAAAAACAACUUAAUUAAUUGCGCACGGUGUUUAGCUGUGCAAUCCACCUUUGUUGUUUCUGAAACACCCGAGGAAAAUCUAGAGUACGACCCUGAAUGCACCGAAUGCACAAAGCACAAACAGGAAGCACUGGUCUCGAACAUGCCGGAAGCAGUUCUGACCGUAUUUCAGGAAGCGAUCGAUUCAGCCAACAAAGGACUAAUUAAUUGGGUGUUUAAGCACCGGGGAAUGAAAUUAUUGUCAAUACUUAGCUUACCAUACACAUUGCCAGCCGAUGUUAUGUAUGCUACAUUUACAAACAUCAUUGGGGAUGAACUAGAAACACGUACCGUAGCCUAUAAAGUUCUUGGGAAUAUAUUACUAAAAAAAGGCUGUCCGCAUUUACUAUCAAAUAAUAAAAGAAUAAUGUCUACAACGCCACAAAUAAGUAACAGUUUAUGGGAUAUGAGUAAAUUUGUAAUAGACCAGCUGACAUCUAUUCUCAAGAAAUUCUACAAGAAGCAGCAUGUCAAUGCCAAAAUUACAUGUCACCUAGAUAUUACCGAAUAUGGUGGCAAGUACGAUGUAGAAGCCUGUCACAAACUUGAAACUAGUAACAAAGUGAAUUUGGAUUUCAUGGUGAAUCUUAACGAAAGCGAUUUACCGUUGAACGAAAAUUCGAGCAAAAAAUUUACGACGAAUAAGAUUUUAACGAGACAACCGAGUAUAACGAUUAAGGACACUGUAAAUUACGAUGCCUUUGAUCAUAUUCUUCAGGUAACAUCACAACAUGAGGCCAUCAUGACCUUUUACUACAUGGACGAGAAUAACAAGGUCAAAGUUACAGAAAUAUUCGAUGUAACUGAUAGUGACUCAGCAGCAGUCCAAACACCUCAAGAAAGACAAGUAAAUCAACAACUUGAAUAUGACGAUGAUGAUUGGGACGAGCCUCUUUACUCUAGUCAAGAAAAUAUAAAUAUUGAUGACGAUUCAGCUGAUACGUCUAAUAUAUUGUCCGAUCCAGAGUGCGAAUGGAUUCCACAAUCAAAAUCUGAAGAAGAACAACAGAAACUGUCCCUAAAAAAAUCUGAUUCACGUCCUGAAUCAGAUCAACCAAACAGACUUCUGGCAGAUCAGACAUUAAUUUCUACGUACAAUAAUAAUAAUUACGAACAGAUUAACAGUUAAAAAGAGAAAAAAGUCCUUCAACAUGGUGCUUAUAGAAAAUACUUAACUUUCGUUACCGAUUUGUUCAGUAUUUUCAAUUUUAUGGCAUGGAAACGACAUUUCUACAACCGUUUUAACUUUAUAAAAAAUAAGUCCUUUACCAUUAACUUUAAUUUUGCUUUUAAUCUACUUCUUAAGUAGAAUGUUAUAUCUUUUUUGAAAUAUUGUUAUUUGUGACAACCGUUGUUUACUUAAUUUAAGUCAAUCUUUAAGGCUGUUAUUUGAUAAGAUAAUUUUAUAUUCUUCGUAAAUGUUAUUUAUUGUAUAUAGUUCUUAAUUAUUGAUCGCUAUAAAUGCAGUAAGUGAAAGUAUUAUAUUUUGUUGAUUAUGUUAACAAACAAUAAUAUAUUUUGAUACCACAUACAA